AUGGAUCUCUCCAAGCCAGUCGACGCAGAAUUCACCAAGGCUCUGCCUAAAAUCGAGUUACAUGCCCAUCUCAGCGGUAGUAUCAGCCGCCAAUGUCUACAUGAAAUCUGGGUGCGGAAGAAGGAAAAAGACCCGGGGUUCGGUGUCGAAGAUCCCUGGGUGGUAAUGCCAAAGGGCAAGGUGGAUUAUUCUCUCCAAACCUUCUUCCAAACCUUUGGCAAAUUCAUCUAUCUCCUCUGCAACGAUCUGGAAACCCUAGCAUACGCAACAAACUCAGUCCUCGAGGACUUCUUCCAAGAUGGAGUCCGGUACCUGGAGCUUCGCUCCAUACCACGCGCACCCCCAGACUCAUCCUUUACCAAGGAAGAAUACAUUACCACGGUCUUGGACACGUUCGACCAGUUCAAAGCGAGGACUAACAACCAAAUGCCCGUCUAUCUCAUCCUAGGUCUCGACCGCGGCCACAACACCGCCGCCGACGCAAUCGACACCAUCGAUUUAGCAAUCAAGUAUAAACCCCGCGGCGUCGUCGGGGUCGAUGUCUGCGGUAAUCCCAGUAAAGGGGACGUAUCUAUCUUCCGGGACGCAUUUGCCAAAGCCAAAGCCAGCGGCCUGGGCGUCACUGUGCAUUUUGCCGAAGUUGCUUCCGAGGACUUGCCCAAGGAGCUGGAGACGUUGCUUUCGUUUGAGCCUGAUCGGUUGGGUCAUGUUAUUCAUGUCCCGGAUGAUAUUAAGCAGGAGAUUGCGCGGCGCAAGCUGGGGUUGGAGUUGUGCAUGUCGUGUAAUGUACAUGCGAAGAUGAUCAAUGGGGGGUUUCUGGAUCAUCAUUUUGGUUACUGGAGGCAUGAGGAUUGUCCGGUGAUUCUCUGUACGGACGAUGUGGGAUUCUUUUGUAGUCCCGUUUCGAACGAAUAUCUUUUGGCUGCACAGCACUUUCAGCUUAGUCGUUCUGAUAUCCUGAGUAUAUGCAAAAAGUCGCUCGAUGCGAUUUUUGGAGGAGAAAUAGAGAAGGAUCGAUUCCGAAAGCUUUUGGAUGAAUUUGAAGCGACACAGUGA